CGCUCCGGGACUUCAUACCAUUGACAUUUCAACGUGGAAAGUUGCGGCAAAUAAUUAUUUUGACUCACUCAAAACACGAUUCCAUACCGGAGGUUUAACGGUCAGCAAAAGCGAUUUAGUUUACAGUGGUGUCGAGAGAUAUAAACUAUCAACCAUAUCGGCUGGGAAGGUAAUUGUCGAAUUAAUGAUUAUUGCGAAAAACUUUUCAACAUUCGGCGUUGAAUUGAAAUAAAUCUACAAAAUGCAUCAAAUACUGUGGCAGUUGAUAAUUGUUUGUGGCAUGGUUGGGGUGAUAGAGGCAGGUGUAAAAAUAGAAAUAUCACCUGUUAGAAAUCCGGUCACCACAUCAACACCAUCUCCGAACAUGCCAAACAUGGAAGUCAAUGAAAUCGAAACAACUGAGGCCACAACAACUGUGCAGUCUACAGUGACAGAGACAACAAUUAACCCCAUAAAUGAAUCGAAUAUACAGAAAUUAGCCAACUCGUCUUCAAAUACAAUAAAUUCCACCGUUGAGGUAACAACUGCAGCUUCGCUGAAUGUCACAGGAACAUUGAGACCAGCUCAGGCCAAUAACACCAAUAAUACAAAUACAUCGGCCGUAUAUAACAAUAACGUAACCACAAUUUCCGCCAAAGAUUUGAAUCCUUAUUUAUCUGAAUUCACACGGCGACAAAUGCGACGUCGACUCAUUCCGGCCGACUAUUACUGCCCAUGCGAUUUGAAAAUUAAUUUUUGUGACAUAAACUGCUGUUGCGAUGUCGACUGUUUGUCUGGUGAAAUAAUACAAACAUUGAAAUGUAACGAACGCGACUGGUCUAUUUACGAUUAUGAAGAAUCGUCAGAACUGCAACUUUGCUCGCAAACCCGACAAUUCUCAUUAUUUUGUAUUGUUGACAAUACAAGAAGGCGAAAGCAGACACGGAAGAGAGAUUUUAUGGUGCAUGAUGUGAAUAUCUUGAGCGUUGUCCAGUACAAAUGGCCGAAUCAAUACGAUCACCAAGCGUUUGCUAAAAAUGACUACCGUGAACAUUAUAUUUAUGGCGACCCAUUACUUGUGUGGGAUGAGUCUGCGGAGGAAAUACAAUUUUUAGAUAUUCCAUGGUCAUUCACCGCAUCCAACUGUCGCAUCAAAAAUGCCGUUAAACACUUGCUCGACGACGAAACGAACUGUGUCCAAACCGUUGAAGAGCAUGAUCGAUUCAUCUCCGACAUUCAGAACAAAUUGAAAAGUGUGAAAUUUUUAAAGUAUCGUCGGCUACUUGACACACCAGCAAUUAUAAUGAAGGACUUUUGUAUGUCCGCUCAAACGGUAAAUCAAACGGAAAAUUGCACUGAUGCACAAAUUUACCACUGCGUUGACACAAUAUCCAUGCGUACGUGUAAACAGGAUACCAAUUCAACGUCAUCGAUGCCUGAGUUUGAUGAAAAUUUCAUAUGUGAUGAAUUAUCCAUUCAAAUUCAUCAUAAUUUCACAAAUAUUCUAAAUGUGACGGUAUUCUUUGUGUAUCAUGAGUUCAAUGUCGACAACCCGACAGCGCAUGUAGUUCAAAAAAUUAGCUUGGAGUAUUUGGAAUUGAAUGAAACGUUUGCAACACGGGAUGUGCAUCAAGUCAGCGGAAACAUUGGAUACUUACCACAUAAGCCGAUAAUUGUUAGUAAACUUAUUCGGCUAAAUGAAAGCGUUGAUGUUAAUACGAAGCGAGUCGGCCGAUUGUUAGCCUAUUUUCACAACGAAACGAAUUGCACCAAUGAUGAUCAUUACCUAAAAGUGCCGGUAAUCGAAUCGAAUGGCGAUUGUGUGAUUAACAAUGUUACAUUUCAGUCGAUUAAUUUUGGUGAAAAUUCACGGAUCAAAUGCAAUGUUAUACUGACGCUGACCGAAUUCAAUGAAACCGACAGCAGCGAACAGCCAUUGAGCCUCGAACAAAAUAAUACGCACAUCUGUCGGGCUUUUCAACGAAAGAUUUUCAAUCAUUUUUUGCACCGCUUUGAAUUGGAAGAUGUCAAUUCGACGAUAUACAAUCGCUUUACUAACCGUGUAUCAGAGAUGGGUAAUCCUCGGAAUAAUACGCAGUAUUGGUUUGAAUUCAGAACAAUACGGCCACCUAGUUUUGAUGACAUUGUGGCGGCCAGUGUUGCAAACGGUGCAAUGGAGUUUACCUGUACAAAUAUGAUACUUGGUGUACGUUAUGAAUUUUUCUACGGAUCAAUGAUGGUUGGCAAAGUGUCCAAUCAAGCGCUAAUCAAAGCGGGACAAAUUCAAUUCGGCAAUCGAGUCAAUUUGAAAUUUAAACUAGAUGAAGACGUGCUAAAGGCCCCUAUUUAUAUUGAUGUAAUGUUCUAUGACUUUAGUCGCAGCCGAGCACCAGCACACACUCAAUCACUUCUUGCGCUUUUAAUCAUGCUGAAAAUGUGCACAUUUUUAAUCUAAUUUCAUUCUGUUUUUUUCUCUCCAAAAAGACAGCGUUUCAUUUCAUAUUCAUUUUAUUGCAUUUAUUGAUUUUCUUGAUUUAAUCUAAUUUUAGAAUAAUAUUAAAAAUUGUGUAUGUAUUUUAAUACGUGUUAUAAAUAAAUAUGCUAGAUUGUAGAGUGUGGGAUUGGU